GAGCUCGCUUGCUGCUUUCGGGGCACAUCGCAAUGAAUGGGUGUCGGUGCUUUACAAGGCGAAGGAGCAACCACAACAAGACGCGGAUAUUGAGGGCAUGCGGCAUCGAUGCGCGGGAGCUGUCCAACAGCACCCCACCAACGACACGGAAACGGUUGACUGUCAGAGCGUUUCAGCGCGCGUUUAUAAGGACGGACCUCGUCCGGUGGCCCCUCUCUUUAGCCUGCCGCCCCCACCUCCAUCGAUAAAGGAGCGUCCCACCUCCUCACAUCACAACCGACAUGUACUGUCUUAUCCGGAGCGUGCCACCAGAAAGGACGGCGAGUGCCUGCCUUUGACCGGUCCCAGCAUCCUCACGCAGGCGGCGCGCGUAGACCGUCAGUUUUAUCACAACCAAGCGGAGUUUCCAGGGCCCUCGUCCGGCUAUCAGUGUCAAUCUGAGGGGCUCUCACACUGCAGCCAUCCUCCUCAGCACAAAUCUUCCGUUUCCCCGCAGCCCUCCCCAUCAGAUCUGCUGCUGCCGCCGCCUCUGCCUUCGCGCAUCUCUAUAACGCGGGAUAGUCGCCAAACGAGUGCUAAUUGCGAACAAGAAACCGUGCAGCGUUGCGUUGGGGAGGGGGGGCGUCGAGACCAAAACCAGUUGCUGCAGCAACCUUGGUAUAAUCAAAUAGGUGAUCGUCAACAAAAGGACCCCUCCUUUGAGCCACUCUUACCAAACUCUGGCCAAGGACAGGUGAAUGUAUGCGAGGAGAGGCAAUUAAUUGAUGCUCCGUUACCACCGUUGCAAGCUCAACGGCAAUUAUUGUUGGGCAGCAGCUUGCCUAUCAACUACUGCAUCGGUGGAUCAGGGGAAGUGUUGCAGCAUCAGGCAGGCGCACAGAAGCACAGCCUCCAGUGGCAGCAGAGUGACCGAGACGCCAGGUACCAAGAGAGGAAAAUCGCACCUUGUCAACCAGAGCAGCAGUAUCAUGACGCUCAAAAUGAACGCUCGUUACUGAGAAACUCGUCCGUUUCCAGUUGUGAAAACAGCAGUCCCCUGUACGGCUCCAGCAGUCAACUGUGGCCAGAGCCUCACGACAAGGAGGAAAAGAAAAAAGGCAAACAUAAGGCACAUGCUGAGCGAACAAAGCUGAGCCAUGCUGCAUCCAAGGCCUCCCUCUCCGAGAGCAGUCACUCACUCCCUCAGAUAGCCAUGAACAGUUGCAAGUACAAUGGAGGAGUGGUAAGACCGCUGGGCAGCCUGGCGGCGUCACGACGCAACCUAGCAGAGCAUGACUCUGAGACCCAGCCGCUCCAGACUCUUCACAGCUCCGGCCUGGAAGUGGUCGUCUCCAAGGGCGGCGAGGACCGCAGUAAGGCGUCCAAUGAGAGCUUGGUCAGAGAGAGUGGCAAUGCGCCGCAGAAGAAAAAUAAAGAUAUCGGCUACAAGCUGGGCCACAGGAGGGCUCUUUUUGAGAAGCGCAAGCGGCUUAGUGACUAUGCCCUGAUAUUUGGUAUGUUUGGGAUCGUUGUCAUGGUAACAGAGACUGAACUCUCCUGGGGGGUUUACACUAAGGAAUCUUCAUACUCAUUUGCACUGAAAUGCCUUAUCAGCCUUUCCACUGUUAUUUUGCUUGGUCUUAUAAUAAUGUACCACGCUCGGGAAAUACAGCUGUUCAUGGUGGACAACGGGGCAGAUGACUGGAGGAUAGCCAUGACAUACGAGCGUAUCUUCUUCAUAGUGCUAGAGCUGCUGGUUUGUGCCAUUCACCCAAUCCCGGGCCAAUAUGUCUUCACGUGGACUGCCCGGCUGGCCUUCACCUACGUGCCCUCUGUGGCAGACGCCGACGUAGACAUCAUCCUUUCCAUCCCCAUGUUCCUCCGCCUCUACCUGAUCGGCCGGGUCAUGCUCCUCCACAGCAAGCUAUUCACUGACGCGUCUUCGCGUAGUAUAGGUGCCCUCAACAAAAUCAACUUCAACACGCGCUUCGUCAUGAAAACCCUCAUGACCAUCUGCCCUGGCACUGUGCUGCUGGUCUUCAGUAUCUCCUCGUGGAUCAUCGCAGCCUGGACUGUUCGGGUCUGUGAGAGGUAUCAUGACAAACAGGAAGUCACUAGUAACUUUCUUGGAGCUAUGUGGCUAAUUUCCAUAACUUUCCUAUCAAUUGGCUAUGGGGAUAUGGUUCCUCAUACAUAUUGUGGGAAAGGUGUCUGUCUUCUUACAGGAAUUAUGGGUGCUGGGUGCACUGCACUUGUAGUCGCAGUGGUAGCCAGAAAAUUAGAACUGACAAAAGCUGAGAAGCACGUCCACAAUUUCAUGAUGGACACCCAACUUUGUAAAAGAGUAAAGAACACAGCUGCCAAUGUACUCAGGGAAACAUGGCUCAUCUACAAACACACAAAAUUAGUGAAGAAGAUAGAUCAUGCCAAAGUGCGCAAACAUCAGCGCAAGUUCUUACAGGCCAUUCACCAGCUUCGCAGUGUGAAAAUGGAGCAGAGGAAGCUCAAUGACCAGGCCAACACUCUGGUGGACUUGGCAAAGACACAAAAUGUGAUGUACGACCUGGUGUCAGAGCUGCAGGAACGCAGUGAGGAGCUGGACAAGCGCAUUGGCACGCUGGAGGACAAGCUGGACGCAGUCACCGGCAGCCUGCAGGCUCUGCCCUGUCUGAUCUCCCAAGCCAUAACUCAGCAGCAGCAGGACCUCCUAGAUGGCUUCAUGCACCGCUUCCGACCGGCGUCACUGGGCUCGGAGCGAUCCUGGACACCCUCCAGACGACGACGCUCCCCCUCCACUGCCCCGCACACUUCCUCCGACAGCGGCUAACACCGGCUCGGACCUGCUCACCGCUUCCAAAGCCCUCAGACUUAUUCGCGUAAGCUGAUCAGACCGAGAUCGAGGACUCGUAUUAAUAAGUAGAGAAUUAUCAAAAUAGUAGAUAUAUGGUUUAUGUUUAGCCAUUGUAUGGCUGUUCAAGUUAGCUUUUUUGUAAAGCCCUCAUAUAUUUACAAGACUGAGAUUGAGUCUGGGAAACUGGUCCUUAAAACUGGAGAUCACAGGGUCCAGACCUGCCAGAGUGAGGAGUGACGCACCCAAAAACAGAAGAAGAGGUUUAUCGGUUCUGUAAGACUCUACCUGUAGUGGUGUUUUCCUAAUGCUGGGAUGGGCACUACGGGCACCCUCAGGUGCUCUGAGAUCACUUCAGUAUUGAUCUGGAGAAGAAGGAGCACAUGACCUUACUACUGAGUAGAAUAAUGCAGGAAUGCCAACUUAAGGAUUCGGGAAAUUGGGUGCAACCUUUUUUUAGUUAAAUAUAGGCAUGUUAUUUUUUUCUCCAGUGCCUGAAUGUAUAGAUUGUGGAGGGAGCGAAUUUUUGUAUAAUGUUGACACAAGCAUUGCAUUCCUUUUUCAGAUACAUUCCUCUUUAAGACAUUUGUACUAGUUUGUCUAAACGAAUACCAUUAAUUCUGUUGCAGUCUUAUUUUCCAAAGCCUUUCAAUACUUCCACCACUUACUACGGAAAGAAAGAAAGAAAGUAAAUAAGAAUGAAUGGAUGAAAGAAUGAAUGAAUAUGGACAUAGAGACAGACUACUUAAGCUGGUAUGGUAACACUUUCAUUUCACCAAAAUCUGAGCUUCCAAAAGUCUUCAUAAUAAAGAGAGGUUGCAUUUUAAAAUUUGAAAUGACAGCACAGAGUGCUGAAUGCAGUGGUAGGCACAAAUGUAUGGCAGAACUGAGAUUUAAACCUUUGCAUGUUUCAGUGCAAUUGUGACGAAUGGAUUAUGGAUGGUUUUUCAAACGUGUGUAUGUGUGUGUGUGCGUUUAGUUUGAUUUUGUUGACUUUUUACAGAGAUUCCUUUCUUAAACGUUGGAUAGUAUUUUUAGAGCUGCAAAUAUAGAGGUGCAGUCAUGAUGUGGUAAUGUUUGUUAAAUGCAUUCCUUGUUCUACCUAUAAAUUAAAUCUUCUACCAAGAGAUUAAAAGAAUCAGUGAGAAGUAGGAUAAACACCAAAUCGUGAAAGAUACUUUAAGGCCUUUAUUGAAAGAAUAUACGUGAUAGAGAAGGUGGUGAUGCUUAUGGAAGACAUUGUGGCUUACACACAGCAAAACCCCCAGUGUUAAAUAAACACUCUUAUAAUCGUAUAAUCCACUCUCAGAUGGGUGUUAAAAAUGAUUAGUCUUAGAAAGUAACACUGAAUCGGUGUUGAAGUCUGUGUAAAGUCUCACUAUUAAAGGUCCCGUUAUUCCUGUGUUUUUGAAGCCGUGAUUGUGUUUACAGUGCGCAAUAUAACAUGUGUUCAUGUUUUAUUUACUUAUCUCUCUCUAUACUGCUGCUUUCACUGUCUUAAAAACGGGCUGAUGUCUUCCUUAUCCUAUGAAGUCCCUCCUUCAGAAAUACUUAAUGAGUUCUAAUUGUGUAGCUUGUUCAGUGUAUUGUGAUUCGACGGCAGCUUAGCUUAGCAGAGCCGUUUGAGCUUAACUGGCGACUAACGUAUUCCUAUGGGCGGAGAUUAGUCAAAAACUCUUAUUUUGACAUCAUUAAAGCAGGAAAUAGAGGGCUGUAGUCCAAACCCGCCGUUCGCUGGAGGCUUUGAAAAGGGAAUUCUGUUAAAGAAAAUAUAUCGCUUGGCGGUGAACUUUGAGCUCAUUUUGCAGGUAUUAUUUAUGCUCUAAGAGCAACAUUACACACUAACUAGUUUGAAAAAUGGGAACAGAAAGAACGUGACCUUUAAAUGUGCAACUUUUAAACACCACUACAACAUAAAUGGAUGCUCGUGAUUGUGUUAGGGGCGGGGCUACAACAGUGGCUCAAUGACGCAGUGGAGCCACAAAGCAUGGCACCGCUCCUAACACAAUCACGAGCAUUCAUUCAGGUUGUAGUGGCCAAAUAAUCCUGAACAGAAAUGUGGAAAACUGUCUAACCCCUCAGUCACAUUAGCUACAAGAGACAGAGUGACAGGCUACCAUUCAUUUUCAAUGGAAGUGGCCGUUUGCCAGCGACAAGCGACGGGCCAAAAUAGACAAGCAGGCUAUUUUAUGCAAAUGCUGAGCGAUGCGACAAAGCGACUGCCAAUCGGAAUGAAGGAGCAGCGUGACGUAGGUCUGUGGUCGAGUCUGAGAAAAUACUUCAAGAUGGCGGAAAAUGCGUAUUUAUGUAUACAUCUGAUAAGUUUGGCAUUUUAUCUCAUAUAUUUUGUUACUUUUAUCGAGAAAUACAUACUUUUAAAUCCAAAAACACCGUUCUUGUAACUUAACAAUACCUCUAAAGUGACUUUUGAUACCGCUUUUAGAAACUAGCCAAGGAACGCCCAUCAAGCGAGUGCGUGUCGCUCGGUGUCGUUCACUUUUGUAGCUAAUGUGACUCCAUAAUUCAUUACUACAUACAUUUCUAAUGUGUUUAGAAACAAUUCUCUGAUUUGACUUUACAUGGACUUUAAUGAGAUAAUGAAGUGAUGAAUGAACAAUAAUGAUGAACACCUGCUGUUAACAAACAGAAUCACUGGCGAAAAGAUUAUUAACAAGAAUUCACCCUAAUCAUGAUUCGUUUUUCCUUUAGCUGGGCACCUGACCCUUGAUUUCUUGUUUUUAUAACAAGCCAAAAAUUAUAUUGUUUGCUUGUUGAUGCUGAUAUUAAUACCAUGAUGUAAUCAUUUUUUCUGAUCAUAGUGUGUUUGAUCAUUUUUAGACUUAAUUUUGCACUCUUAACCCCAUAAUACAGCAGUCCCUGCUAAAAAAAAAACAAUAGACACCAUCACAGAAAUUCUAUUGGUUUUAUUGGGAAUUUUAUUGGUUCUAAUGGAAUAUGGGCCAAAACACACUACAGUGUAUUGGUUUUUGUGGAUCUCUAAUGGUAUGUAUUGGUUCUAUGUAUUGGUUCUAAUGAAAUAUGGCCCAAAACACUACUACAGUGUAGUGGUUUUAAUGGUAAAAGCUAAUGGUUCCUAUUGGUAUUUUAAUGGAAACCAUUAGAAUUUUCUGUAAUGGUUUUAUUGUUUUUGUCAGCAGGGGUAUCAUGAUGGUUUCUAUACGAAAAAAUAUCACCGAUUUAGUGUUCAUUUUUAACACUGGAGGUUUUGCUGUGCAUUUGCACAUUACGGAAUAUACUGUUAAGGCAGCUCAGAGCUAAAAUCUCUCUCCUGUUCACUUCUCCUGCAUUUUACUGACAUUUCAGUGGUCUUGAAUAAUCUCAUAACCUUAACGCAACUGACAAUGUUACGUGUUUGAUGAUGUAAUUGUCACAGAUUAGAAUUUAUAGGAACUGACUGCAGGCAUUAAUCCACCAUCAAUCCAGCAUCUGAGACAAUUUUACUUUAAGAAACCUAGACAACACAAGGCAACAAUGGGUAAUGCAUCUUGCAAGCACACUUCUGCGUAAUGAUUUCAUAUGUAUGUAUUAUUUGUUUGUUUUCAUGUUCAAACUUUUUAUUUAAGAUAUUGCACAUCCCUAACUUGUUUUAAUUUAGUCAAAACUGUUUGUUUGGGUCUUAUGAAUUUUCAUUCUGUUCUAAACAGUUCCUAAAAUUAGCAACUUUGUUGAACAAUUAAGAUUAUUUACACUGACAAAAAAAUCUGUUAUAAAAAUGGAGAAGUAAAAAAUAGAUGAAUAAUUCUUACAACCUGCCUUGAAAUAUACUUAAAAGUUCCAGUACAUUUUGAUAAAGCAAAGAACAAAGGCGAAAUGAGAAAACGGGUCAUAACAUUAUAUCCUAAUAUAGACAAAAAUAAGACACAGAUUGUUUGACAAAUAUCUCCCAUUUUAAACUGUUUAAAUCCCAAAAAAGUACCAGAUUAAAACAAGAUGGGUUAUGUAAACAAUAAUUAGACAUAUAAUUGUUUAAAAAUUGUUGCAAUGACCCUUGUUCAUGCCUUUCUCUCUUUCAUUGUCUUAAUGUUGUAAUGUGCCAAUAAUAAGACUCAGCUUCUGCCAUCUGAUGUCAAACUGCAUACAUACAUGGGAGACCAAAUCAGUAAAAAGUAUUUUUUCGCAGUACAUGAUUUUUUUUCUUUCAUUUUAUUCUAAUUGCCUUCCUAUGUGAAAUACCUGUGAAUGAUUAAACACAGAGAGAUGAAUUUGCAUUUUGUAUCUCUAAAGGUUGACUGUACAUAAAGGCAUGGGUUAUCAUGGUCUCGUAUCUGGAGAACCUCUUAUUUUGUUUACAUAGAGAUAGCCCAAGAAGCUACAAGUGUGGACAAAACCUGCCCAUGUUUCGGAUAAUAAAUAUCAAGUUCUUGAGAAUAAA